ACUGAGCCACGAUAAAUACUCGGAUGAGCAUUCUUUCUGCAAUGCAGUAGGCUAGCUUCAUAGCCAAGGGAAGAUCACAGAGAAUUUAAAAACAAGUCCGUUUCUGACAAAUACAGCGGUAUCAUGUUGCUUCUUGCUCUCUUUAUCACGACAGCUGUGGCCACCCCCCUGUUGGGGACAGAGCAGUGUGCCCGCGGCCCCCCCUACUGGUGCAAGAAUGUGAAGACUGCCUCCCUCUGCGGUGCUGUGACCCACUGCCAGCAGAACGUGUGGAACAAGCCCCAGAUGAAAUCUGUGCCUUGUGACCUGUGCAAGGAGGUGCUCAUUGUUGUUGAACAGCUACUGAAGGACAAUGCUACAGAGUCUGAGAUCCUGAGCUACAUUGAUAAGGCCUGCACCCUGAUCCCUGAUGAGAGCCUUGCUGAAGAGUGCAAGGAGCUGGUGGACAGCUACUACCCCAUCAUCAUCGGCAUCAUCAAGGGCGAGCUGGAGGAUCCCACUGUUGCCUGCGGUGCCAUGGGUCUGUGCAACAGCAUGCAGGCCGCCCUGGCCAAAGCCCAGUCCGAGCUCCUGUCCAAUGAGAUCCCCCAGGUGGACCUGUCCCAGAGGGCUGCCCCCUUCCUGUUGAACAUCCCUCAGCUACUCUACCCAGAGGCCCCCAAGCAGGAGGCCCCCAAAAAGGAGAAUGGCGAUGUGUGUGAGGACUGCGUCAAGUUCCUGACCGAUACCCAGGAGCAGGCCAAGAGCAACGCCACUUUUGUCAACGCCCUCAUCGCUCAGCUCGAGAGCCAAUGUGACCUGCUUGGACCAGGCCUGUCUGACAUGUGCAAGCAGUACGUUAGCCAGUAUGCCCCUCUGGUGGUCCAGCAGCUCAUGUCGAUGGAACAGCAACCCCAUGAGAUCUGUGCCCGUGCUGGCUUCUGUGAGUCUGUGGUGAAGUCUGUUCCCAUGGAGACCCUGGUGGCUGCCAAGGUGGUCAAGUCCAUCCCUGCCCUUAAGAUGAUCCCUGCCGUCAAGAUGGUCCCCGCCACUAAAGUGGAGCAGCCCGCUGCAGUCAAGGCUGGCACAAAGAUGGUGCGCGCCCGUGACUCCCCCCAGUGUGCCGUGUGUGAGUUUGUGAUGAAGGAGGUGGAGGACAUGCUGCAGGACCAGCACACUGAGGAGAAAGUGAUUGCCACCAUGGAGAAGGUGUGCUCUGUGCUGCCCAAGACCCUGUCCGCCCAGUGCAAGGACCUGAUUGAGACCUACGGCCAGGCCAUCAUUGACCUGCUGCUGCAGGAGACCGACCCCCAGUCCGUGUGCAUCAUGCUGGGGCUGUGCAAACAGGCUGACCGCCUCUACAUCCCUGUGAUGGACCAGACCCGCUUCGAUAACGGCGGCUUCUGUGACGUGUGCAAAAUGGCCGUGCGCUACAUCGAUGGCAUCCUGGAGCAGAAUGCCACCGAGGCCGAGAUCGAGGAUGCCGUCAGGAAGGUCUGCAACUUCAUGCCCGAGAGUGUCCGCAGUGAGUGUGAUCAGCUGGUGGAGCAGUACGAGCCUCUUCUGGUCCAGCUGCUGCUCCAGAUGUUGGACCCUGACUUCGUUUGCAUGAAAGUGGGAGCGUGCCCCGAGGGCCUCAAGCACCUGCUGGGACUGGAGCAGUGCAGCUGGGGACCUGCCUACUGGUGCAAGAACAUGCAGACUGCCACACGCUGUAAUGCGGUGGCUCACUGCAAGCGCCAUGUUUGGAGCUAAAGAGGAGGACCAGCACCACUGAAACCUGGGAAAUUAAAGGAGAAUUUGUUCUAGUGCUGCUUUCCUGUUUUUAAAAACUAAAACGAUGAUUUUCUUCC